CAGUCGCGAAUAAGUACUGCUACUCACAAUUAGUACUAUAAGAUCAGUAGUUCUCUAUUUUCUCAAUGAUCAAUAUUCUUAUAUUUGUAGUACUAGUAGUAGUUAUAAUAGUAGCAGAAAAGUUUCGUAGAUCUUUUACGUCUCUUCUAUUCAAAUCAUCAUCUUUUUCUAGUACCAAACGGGCCGAAAAAAGUAUCAGCAAAGUUGUUUCCAGUGAUGCGAAGUUUUUGUUAGAAGACAAACUGCCCGCUGGUUUAAGCCGUGAAACUAUUCCAAAACAUGUAGCAGUGAUCAUGGACGGCAACCGAAGGUGGGCGAAAAAGAAAGGAUUGGAACCCAUGUUAGGCCAUGAAUCCGGUGCUCGGAGCCUUGUAAAACUUCUUCCUCUAUGUUGUAACUGGGGUAUCAAGGUCCUGACAGUGUAUGCUUUCUCUACUGAGAAUUGGAUUCGACCUCGAGUGGAGGUUGACUUCUUAAUGAAAUUGUUUGAGAAUAUUUUAAAGGAAGAACUGGAAUUUUUUAUGAGGCAAGAGGUCCGAGUUUCUGUAAUAGGCGAUUCCUCGAAGCUUCCAAGAUCAUUACAAAAAAUUAUAGCAACGGUAACGGAAACCACCAAAAGGAACUCAAGUUGUCAUCUGAUUAUGGCAGUUAACUAUAGUGGAAGAGCUGACAUUGUACAGGCAUGUCAGAGUAUUUCUAACAAAGUAAAAGAUGGUUUGAUUAAAUCAGAAGACAUCGACGAGGGUCUAAUCAAUCAUGAAUUGGAAACAAAAUGUACAGAAUUUCCAUACCCUGAUCUACUUAUCAGGACAAGUGGUGAGCUUAGGUUGAGUAAUUUUUUAAUGUGGCAAUUGGCUUACACUGAACUUUACUUUGAUGAGUCCUUCUGGCCUGAUUUUGGUGAGAAACAAUUCGUACAAGCAUUACAUUCAUUUCAACGAAGACAGAGAAGAUUUGGUGGUCAAGACGGGGACAAAUUGGUAUGCGAAUCUUAAUUAGCAAUACAUUUGUUUUUGAUUAUUGUCAUAGGGAAAGCCAAAAAUUAUGGGGAAAGCUGACUUUAGUCGGAGUAAGUUGACUCAGAGCCAAUGAAUAGAUAAAACACAAUGUCGUCUCCUAUCUAUGCUUUGGUUGUGUAACUUUCCAUACAUGCCGGACUACCUAUAAAAUUGCAUAGCAUCACCAUUAACCAAAAUUCUAAAAUCUCUUUUUGUAGAUAA